AUGCCCGCUGCAGGCACGUCUACCGAUGUAUCUUCUGGCGGCUCCAUCACCACGCGCGGCCGCAAUACGCCGUCCAAUGCAUCGUCUUUGUCCAGUGGCCCGUCUGGCCCGCCUUUGUCGGUAUCAACAAAGGAUCUUGGACAUGGGCGCGAGCCGAGCACGUUCCCGUCGACGUCUCAUAUAAACUGGCUACUUCCAGAAGCAUCGUCUUCCGACCCAUCGUUGGAUCACUUCCCUGCGCCCCCGACGUCGUUGGGCCCUGCGUCUUCCCCGAUUUCGCCGCUGCGACAGUCGGCAUCGUUGUCGGACCUGCCCAGCUCGAAUCGAGCACGCGCACCGCUCAAGAGCAUCCUCAAGCAACCCAGUACUCGCAGUCUGCAGAUGACCACCGUCCCCGCCUAUGUUCAACAACUGUCACCCAUAUACGAGACUCAUUCUUCAAUGCGCACGAUGACCGCGGAGCCCUCCACGCCUGCUUCACUUGUUUCCAACUACUCGGCAUUCCUGCAUCGGCCCAUCAAGCGCUCGACGAGCCAGGCCUCGAGCACGACUAUUCCUACGCCUGUUCUGUCGUCGCAGGGUCAUACGCAGAUGAUGAACCUUGAGGGGCAUGGGACACGCGCUGCUAGGCUGUACGAGGGAAGCACUUCGGAGGGUUCGAGCAGUUUCGUCACUGCGCCGUCGGCGCUCACGACCCCUAUACGCGCUGCGCCGAUGCCAUCUGUGCUCACGGCGGGCGAGUUGGGCCAGUUCGUGGAUCUGUCGCAACCACAGGAGGUGCAUCUGCGCACGCCGCCCUCGAGCGCGUCUCUGACGGGGCGCACUCUCACGAACGAACCUGUGUUCGAUGUCCCGUCCAUUGGUCUCCACCCGCCCACACCAGGGCCCGGAUCUUCCACACUGUACAUUCCCAUCGCUGUUCCCGCGCCGCGCAUGGAGCACCAAACUUCGGGCGACACGUUCAUUUUUAGGCGCUGGGCGAACUCGCUAUCUGUCAGCAGCGCGCAUAGACCAACAUCGACACGACGACAGUGGCCCACAUGGUUACCCGCACCGCCGAAGCUACUCUUCUGGGUCGGCUUCGUGAUGCCACCGUGCUGGAUGAUUGGCGGUUGGCUGCUCGACACCGGACGAUUCGAUGUGAAGCCCGCGCCGCCGAAAUUGCCUCCUGGUACCAGGCUGCCGUUAUGGCGCGUCGACGGACGGUUGUUGGAUUCUUCGGGGAACGAGGUGAAGCUGAAGCCGCGGCGGUCGCUCUUUGGAAGUUCACGAAAGAAGGGGAAGGGGGAUGAUGAAGCCAGUCAGUGGGAGACGGCGGCAUGGCACGAGCGAUGGGCCUCGUAUGUUGCGAAGAGCUCUGGCGAGAAGAGCCUCGCGCAUAGCUUGAUCGACCUGAAGACGCCGGGGCCGCAGGUCUGGGUGUUGCGCUGUCGCAUCGCCGCUGUAGUGAGCGGUGUGCUCGUGAUCGUUGCCUUUGUCGUGGCUUUGGUCAUUGCUCUGCAUCUCACCCAUUAG